AUGUCGUCCCACGAAGAGAAGAAUGCUCCACGAACGGAGGCAACGGGGGACAACGAUGCCAUUCCAUCAGCCUCGGCAACGGGCAUGCCCAGGAUCAUCCAUCGACACAAAGAGGACAGAUCCGACCAAGAAGAGAUCGACGAAAAGGACGGGUCCCCACCCACCGAGCUCCAGGCCAGCAACGACGAGGACGAAGAGCUGGUAGCAGGAGACGAGCAGUCGAAACCACCCUAUCCUCCCACAGGCUCGCUGACCCUAGCAGCCUUCAACCCUUACUCCACUGUACCACUGUCGCGACGUCUGGCCCUGAUCUCAGGGUCCAUCUUCAUCAACCUCGGUCUGCCGUUCCUCAAUGGAGUCAUGCUAGGAUUCGGUGAGAUCUUCGCAAGAGUAGUAGUGGCACCGGCUCUGGGUAUAACAGGUGUUGGCUGGGCUGGCGAUACAGCAAGAGCAGUGGCCAAUUGGAAUUGGGGUAGAGGUCGAUCUACCCUUCCGUCACAGAGCGGAGAGAAGCAGUUCGGCCAGGAUCAAUUCGGACAACAAAGGAAAGCAGGUGACUUCGACGAUUGGUCAGCAACGCCAGAAGCUGCGAACUUCCCGUCUUCUCACAUCGAACUAUAG